AUGCUGCAAAAGAUCACCGUGGUCUUACUGUGUCUCGUGGCUGUAAACGGCAUUAAUAAUAAUAACAAUAAUUGCUCGACCGAGGCACACGACGAUUUGAUACGCACGUUGACCAAACUGUUUACACAGAAACACGUGCAAACCGUGUCCGUCUCUACUUGCUGGCGCUCGGGUAAGAAUUUACCAUCUCAGUAGGUAUCAAUAUGUUUAGAAAUUGUUUUUUUUUUUUUAUUUAUACACUCCUCAACCGAAAGUGACAAGGACUAUAGUAGUAUAGAGACAACCAAACGCGUUAUGUAUAUGCGUAUUUGUUUCCAAUUUAAAAGUAAAAACAUUAAUUUAGACGUUUUUGGAUAUUUUAGUUUUCAACCGAAAAUAAGAAUUUUCAAAUUGUGAUAACGAUUCUUAUGUUUAAAUCUCGUUUAAAAAUAAAAAUAUCAAAAUGUAAUCCGUACGGCUGAUAAUGUUCUUUCCUUUUAUGUUUGAUAACAGGUCGAAAAACUCUUAUAUUAAAAAUUAUUGCGCAAAGCUGUACUUACUAAACGCAUUAUAUUAUAUAUUUGUAAGAUAGAGGCAGCACAUGCGGAUACAACGCCUCCUUAAUAUUUAUUUACAGACAAGAAAAGCCGACUGUUGUUCGAACUGUCGUCGGUCGAUAUCUCGGUUAAUUUUUAUCAGACGGCGAUUCCAGUUUACCAUCACACUUGGUACAGAUACGGCAUUCUGGUCGACGUCUCUUGCACUCAAAUCGCUACAGUUUUAUUUCAACAGGUUUUGUUAUUGUUUAAUUUGACAAUAUUUAUACGCGUAGAUAUACGCGUAAUAUACAGACUCGGUACAUGGGCCAACGUGGGGUUUACCUACAAGGUGAUUGAAGUGGUAAAAUGCAACGGCAUCAAAUUUUCCACCUACAAAAAAUAAGACACAUUUAUGUAGGUUGGAAGUUGGGAAAGUAGGAAGCUGGGAUAUAUAGGGCAGUUAAGUUUAUAUUUGUAAGCUAUUAACGGCACUCCGAAUUUCACCAUCUCGUUUUAUAUUAUUUGCUAUAUAGUUAAAUCAAUAAAAUCUCCGAUACUCCCAAAACUCAAAAUGAAUUAAAUGGAAAAUGUAUUGCAGGCGUCGAAAGAUCGACUCUUUGACAUGCGAAACAAUUGGAUAUUAAUAAACUCGCGGGCGGAUUGCGUGAGUAGUAAUGACGGUCAGCAAGUGGCGCUGGAAACUUUCGAAACGUAUUUGUCCGAGGCGUACGUGCUGCCGGAAUCAAACGUGUUUUUGUUGGUUCAAACAAAUGACAGAGACUCCUCGUGGGACAUAUGGGAAGGAUUUAAGGUCAGCAAGACGGAAAGGAUUCGGGUGUACAGACACGGGUCGGCAUCAGUUAACCGUCUCGAGGUGUUAGACAACAAUUCCGUCUCGUUAAGGUCAGACCUACGGGGCAUCACUUUAAAGGCGACCACCGUGGUGAGCGAAUUUUAAACGUCGGAUGAUAUGUAAUGUAUAUCGGGAAAAUAAAGUUAUAAAUAUUCCGUCGUCUGUUUCGAUGCCUUUAGUGUUUAAAUAACAUCUUAUAUUUUCCAUCGCCUUUGUUCCACACUGUACGUCAUCUUAUACUCUUAUGUAUCUUUGUAUCUCUCUAAAUCCAUUAUGAUUUGCUUAUUCUUCCCAUUUCUCUCAUUCUCUUGAUAUGCUAAUAUCUAUGUAUUAUACCGAGUGAUCCAUUUGGGAAGGUACACUCAUUAUCUCGGAGAGUAUUAGGUAAAAUAAAUUUAAGUGUUGACAUUUUUGAUUUCCGUCAAUCCGUUGACGAGAUAUUCCACUUUGAAGUAUAGAUUGGAGGAGAAUAGUGGUGCAUUAUUAACACGCCGUGCGCCGUAUCUCCGUACAAAUAAUACCCCACUACUCUCCUUCAUUCAAAACUUAAAAGUGGAUUACCUCAUCAACGGAUUGACGGAAAUCAAAAACAUCAUCAUUUAAAUUUAUUUUCACUUAUACUCCAUCUGUUUAUGGAAUAUUUAAUAUAGGUUGCCAUUUAAAAAUCAAAAGUAGGUAACGGUUUUACUCCUAAAAAAUAAAAGUGACAAAAAAUAAUAUAUUUAUAAAAUUGUAGAGCAGCUUGUAUCUUAAAUGUUCUAGAAAACCAAUUUCGAAAAAAGUAAUACUUUCUGAGAUAAUGAGUGUAUCCACUAAUAUGGAUCGCCUGGUAUAUUAUAUAAAAUGAAAAACUAAUUGACUGAUAUAACAGUUGAAGGACAUGGUCUAAAACAAAGCCGGGUUUAGGAGACGCGAGAGGAGUAAUUAUGACCACGGGGGUGCUAAACAAAAGGCACUAAUGAAAAUGUUAAGAGUUUUUUAAUUGAACAUGUUUACAAUAAACGUAAAAGUGAAUGCUGACGGACAGGAUUUUAGAUUUUUUUUUUUGCUAAAUUUUUCUAGCGCCGAGUGCUGAUUUUGCUAGGAACGGCACUGGAUGGAUCUAGAGAUUUAAUAUGUUUCGCAGGGAUUUCUCACAAAACGUAGACAAUUGGAAAACCAUUGAAAAUUAAAUUCCCAAGGUCUCGAAAAAUAGUCGAAAUAAGUCUCGAAGUUAGUGUGGAAAAAACUUUUAUAUCGUAUAAUUUAAUCGGAACGAUAAAAAUACAUAGACAACUGCAAGUGCACGAGUGUAAAUAGGUAACUCAAAAGGAGCGUAAAAGUGUAAUUGCGAGGGAUAACCAUAUCGCAUUUUCAAGUUAGCAAAUAACAAUAGCAUACAUAACUGUUGGGAUUAUAAUAUUCACAUUUUAUCUGCAUAAAUAACUUGUAUACGUAUACUAGCUGUCCCGCGCUCGGCGUUGUCCGUGCCAAUUUUUCAUUCAUUUUACAUUUAUUCCCAUUUUUUUUUACCCAUAUCAGUAUAUUAAACAAAAAAAUAAUAGAUAGAAAGUGGGUCGUCGGUGAACUAAAAGUCUCCUAGUGUGUCAUAUAUUUUUUCAUCCGUGGAAUUAUUCAUUACCAUAGAUACCCGUAUAGCACAAGAAUUAAAUUAUAUUGUAUUCACUAAAAUAACGCUAAAAUUAUAAGGACUGUACUGUACUAGUACUGUAGUAUAGCGUAGUGUUGUUACUGUACCAACAAAUACAAAGAUUCAAAGAUGACGUUUUACGUGUUUUCACUUUUCACUUACCCGCCCAAUACGGUGGGUAGUUUUUUGUUGUUUUUUUUUUCAUCCAUGUUAUCAAUUUGUCCUAUAUUAUUUCAAGUCAAUAAUAGACCGGCAGACAGUCAGAUGGACUGUUUAUGUUAAGUUGUUGUAAUUUAUAUUUGCAUUUUUAUUUAUAUUUAUUAUUUAUUUUUUGUUUUAAAUUAUUUUUCAUUCCAUUCGUGUAACUAAUGUAAUCCAUAAUUCAACAAACAUAAUUUAAUUUUCUUACCAAAAAUACCUAAGAACCUUUCAUACCCCUAUUUUAUCCCCUUCUAGGUCAUUCAUUCGUCGAGAUGAAUACUAUUAUAUUUUUUAAGCUGGACCGAAUCACUCGCAUUGAGCAUUAUCGCGAGUAGUUUCAGAGUGCAUCGCAUACAAACUCAUCUUUCACGUGAUUUGUAUAUAUAUAUAAAAUUAUCUUAGUUUUAUACAACCCGCAAAGAAGGUAUUACAAAAUCAUACGCGGACGAAACCCCGGUUAAAAGCUAAUACUGCUUAUAGGCGUGUAUUAUACAUCUAUUAGUUAUAUCUUUUAUUUUUCCUGCUAUACCUUCCUAACCUAGACUAGUUUUAGGCACUACUCAUUCCUAAUCCUACCGAACCCGUUCUCGACAACACCUUAUUAACAUUCGAAUUUCUACUGCUUUUAUUUGUGUUUCGUCCUUUUUAUUCAAUAUUCUCUGGCGCUUCCAACCACUUUGUUAGAUCACGCUUUAUUUUACUGUCGGCUACAUCUUCCGAAAUCCCGUCGUUCUUUUGUACCACUGAACUUAUAAAUAAUACUUAAAAUUUGCAUUUAAAUUUAUCUUAUGUCAUUAGAUAUCGGAACCGAAAAUGUUCAAAGGCUUUUAUCCGUUUGCCGAAACCGAUCUGGACAUUUUUGCGCAUAUGCACAACGACAUGAACAUCGUGUUACAAGACCAACUCAACUUCAGGUCAACAAACAUAUUAAUAGUGCUUGCCUAGAUAUCGUUCUAUAAUACGACUAUUUUUAUUGGACCUCCGACAGACUUGUAAAGUAUUUAAAUAGUAAUAUUCGAAUACUUUUAAAACACUUGAAUAUGUAUACUAAAUUAUUUUACAAAAAUUGCUUGGUAUUGUAUAUUAAAUAUUUUCUACGGUAUUUUUACUUGAAAUCGAAUAAUUAUUUUAAAUAGUUGUAUCAAUUUUAAAUAAUUAGUUUAUUUUUAUUUUCUCAAAAUGUGUAGAGAUAUUAGAACAAAAUCACUUUUAUAAAUAAUACUAGAUUGAUAAAUUUUGUAUUUAUUAUUGAUUUUGGUCAAUUUUAGAUAUUUUAAGAUCACUAAUACUAUUGAUUUCAUAUUUUGCACAUGAGAAGAUAUAUGUUUCAUUUAUAAAUACUUUUCGAAAACAUCUGUGUUCGUAAUAAAAUAUUUUAGUGAAUUACUCAAUUAAGUAUCCUAUGAAAAAUAUUAUCCACAUUCGUACUCCAUAAAUACUAUUAAAAAUUAGCUUUUAUAUACAAUUCUGUCCACCGAUUUUAAACGAUAAACUGAUAUUGUUGUAGUAUACGACAUUGUUUUACAUUUAUUUUUUUAUCCGUACGAAUAUAGAAUGAAUCUAAUGAUCGUAGACAGUUUUGGCUGGGAUUUGGGUAACGGUUCGUUCAGUGGACUUACGGGCCAAUUGCAAAGGGAUGAGUGCGAUUUCGGCGGUAUAGGCAGUUUUAUCCGAGCUGAUCGAAUGACAGUAAUAGACUACACCGUUGGGACGUUUUACAGAGAGUGAGUAUCAGAGUUAAUUUUACCGUAGUUGAAAAUAGUGCCUUCUUGUGGUUAAUGAACGUGCCCCGGACAUUUCAUUAUUCAUUCAAUUUUAAAAUAUUAUUUGGCCUAAUAUUAACAAAUACUUUUUUCAUUUCUCACGACUACUAAGUAACUGGUAUUUGCAUGGAAAAUAUGUUUAGCCGAUCUCUCUCAACUCGUAAAAUCGACGAGUAUUUAGAAAUUUAAACUUUAGCGUACUUGAUAAUUCCGGAACAAAACUACACUUUAUAUUUAUUCUAUUUCAAUAUUUGAUCCACGAAUUCGUCCGGGCUUUAAAAAAAGAUCAACACUAAACAGUGGUGAUCAAACUAUUUUUUACAGAGGUAGGAAUACUUUUGCACAUACGGCGAACAUUGAGCAUAUUAUUUUGAUAGAGUGCAUCAUCAUCGUCUUCGUUUGUCACGCGAUUUUCAAGUAGGUAAAUUAUUAAAUCGGCACGCAUAAAUACUGUCUACUGUGUUUUGCCUUUUUGCGGUUAGUGUGGACGAAUAGAUGAAUAUAAGAUAUUAUAUUAUAUUCCGGACAUAAAAAAUACUCUGAAAAAGUUUUUUGUGUAUGUUUAAUUAUUAAUAAAUUAAAAUAUAUACUAAUCAAGGCCGUAAUUUUAAACGAACCACGAUAAUAAUAUCAAUAUAACUAAAUAAUGUUCAAGCAUUUUUAUUUGGUCAAACAAUUUGUAAUCUAGGUACCAAAAAAAAGAAAGAAAACUGAAAAUUUGAAAAUUUCAAAUGCCUACAAAUAGCUCAACAGUUAUCAGGAUAUUUUGAAAAAUGGGCCAUAAUUUUAAAAAGCUAAUGAAUAUUUGUAUUCUGUGAAAAUUGCAGGUCUCUAUGAAUUUGUUUAAUAAUAUAACAACAAAAAAUAAAUAUCAUAAUAGUGUAAACUGUCCUGUUUUUUCACAGUACAUUCUAUUAUUGUAAAAAGGAUUUUUCUUAAUAAUUAUUAAAGCCACUUGGAAAAUUAAAGAAUUGCAUUCCCAAUGUACCAAUUUGAUUCAAAACGCAACAAAAUUGUCCUUGUUAUUUUUUGUUUGAUUUAUGUACGUUUUAUUUUUUUUUCGAUAGAAAAGUUACUUACAUGUACAAACGUUUAAAAUACACACACACGUCAUAGUCACUUUAUAUAACUGACACUUCAUCAGUCCGCUCAGAAUUCAAAACUAUACAGUAGUAUAUAUACGGAAACGAUUAUUGUUUUAUUAAUUUCGAUAUAAAAUCUAAUUUUAUCAAAUAACCUAAAUAUGUGUUAUUGCAUUACAAGCGACAAUAUUUCAAAUAUUUGGCUAAUUAUUUCCCAAAUAUAUAUAUUACCUAUUGAAUACGUUUUUGAAAACUUUUCACGUCAUAUUUUUUUUCUUCUUUUACUUAACACGGUAGUUAUACGUAUGCAAAUGUUGUCGAUAUUGUAGGCCAUCCGCUCUGUUCAAACAACCACCACUGUCCAGUGUUCGGAACAUAUGUGUUUUGCCAUUCAAGUUCGAAGUUUGGAUGGCGAUGUUGAUUACGUUGGUCGGGUUCACGGUGCUAAUCAUAUUUUUGGCAUGGAUGACACAGCGGUUUGAAAAAAAUGGCGACGAAGCACUGACCAUUUUGGACUCGGUUAUCAUCGUCCACGGAGCCAUUUGCCAACAAGGUUAGCAUCAUGACGGCCCAUAGUGGUAAAAAUUAAAGAAUUUUUUAAAAAUGUAAUCUUUUUCCAUUUAAUAUUUCAUAUGAAACCGAAAUAAUUAAAGUAAAUAAUAAUUAUCAUGGAAAAGUAUUGACUAAAUUCUGACGAAUUUCAUGCUGGCAUAACAGUGAAAAUUUCGCUAAUGAUUAUUGGCUAUUCUAAUAUUUUCCCGAGGAGGUAAAAUAUCGCGGAGUCAAUAACCACUCUCAUACCGGUGUUCCUAUACAGUAUAAACAUCAGUUAUUAUACAGGGUACACGAUGAAUCUGAACACCAUAUCCAUACGUGUGGCGAUUUUCGUUCUGUUUCUGACGGCCGUGUUUCUGUUCACUUCGUACUCGGCGAGCAUCGUCGCGUUGCUCCAGUCACCCAGCGACUCCAUCAAGACCGUCCGGGAUCUGGUGGAAUCAUCUAUGACAUUUACUGCACAGAUUUCACCGUACGGUCAGGUUUACUUCGACGUAAGUUCAGAAAUAGGUAAUAACUAAUAAGUGUCAAUCGUAUUUUGGGGAUUGAAUGCCACGUUGAAUAGUACCUCCUUCAAAAAUUGUAAAUCGAAACAAUGAAAACCGGGUCCAAAUUGGUUUGGUCGAGAUUACGACAAUAAAACUCAAUUUCACAUGUCUAUAAGAAGUAACUACAAGUUUGUAGUGUAAAAUUAUUCAGUUUAAAAUUUCGUUAAAUACAUACUAUAUAAGUAUUUGCACAAAUAGAUUAUAUUAUUUUCUUUUAAGGUGCCUUAUUAGGACAUAAUUUGGCCACUACGUUAUUUCAAAAUAAUUUGAUAUUGAAACUUUUAUUUUGAAUUUUUUGUUGUUUUAUGUUUUCGAAGGGCUUAAGUCACCAUAAAGCCAAGCUGCACGCCAUUAAAUUGAAAUUAUUCCAUCGCGUUAAUAUUUAUCUUGUAUACCUACUUUAAAUUAUAUUGCAUUCGAACGUUUUGAAAUAUUGUUGGACCAUUUAUAUUAAAUAGGAGACAGACGAUCCUUACCUGCGGAAACUUUACAAUAAGAAAAUGAAACAUCAAGGGACACAAAAGUUUACGUUGGCUUCGGAAGGCAUAGCUAAAAUUCGUACAGAAUUUCACGGAUUUAUGGUUAGUUAAUUAUACUAGUACAAUAAAUCAAUUUAGUUGCAAGUACGACUGUUUUGGAUGUUAAUUAAUUGUACUUUUUUUUUAUAAGGUCGAGGUGGUUUCGGCUUAUAAGCUUAUCAGUCGAUUGUGGCGUGAAGAAGAAAAGUGCGGAUUUUCGGAAAUUCAACUUUUCAAAUUACCUAUUCUUGCGUUGGCCGUGAUUAAAAAGUCUGGUUAUAAAGACAUUUUCAAACAAAAGUUUGUUUAUCCAAAUCAUAUACUUUAUAAUACGUAUUAGAUGGAAACUGUAUAACUAAUAAAAACAAAAUUUAGCACAGAUACGCAACGAUAAAUCAUUGCAAACGAAAAACGAUUCUUAUUGAAGUUCGGUAAAACACCUUUUGAUAAACUUAAAUUGAAUAUUGUAUUAUUUAGAAUUCAUUUUUAACUAAAAAAUGAAUUAAAAUUAUAUGUGGUCUUUCUUCUCAAAAUGUGUGUAUUUUAAUGAAACCAAAAUAGUUUUAUUUACACAAAUCAGAAAAUAGUUCGCAAAUGCAGUGAUUUUUACGAUUUUCAUCAAAAUUUUAAAUUUGAAGGCUCAUAAAAAAAUCCAUUUUUUUUACCACUGAGGACAAAUUUUAAUGAACCUUGUACCAAAAUUCCGAGUACUUUAGACUUGCCGAAACAAUUUGUUUUACAUAAAACUAAAUAAACUUUAAAUGGCCAUAGAUAGCCCAAAAAUCACCAGAAUGUUUCGAACAUUGCAUCAUGUCUAGAAAAAGCUAAUAUAAGUAUUUGGUGAAGACUUCUGUUCUCUACGAAAAUCAAAAACAACAGAGAGAAACCGUGGUUCAGUUAUUGAAUAAAAUAUUUCGGUUUCCCUAAGAAAACUACAGAGAAAAACAAAAAAAUACUUUUGAAAUGCAUCAACUAGACAAAAUAUCCUGGGUAACAAAAUGAUCGGAUCAUGAUUUUCGGUAGUUAUAAAGUGAUAGAGAUAUCGAAAAAGUCACAUUUUAGUAAAAUUGUAUUUUAACAGUUUAUUUUACUGCACUGAGAAUCUAAAAUAUUGGAAUUGUUGUAUAAAUAUACAUUGUAUAAAUGCGUCAUUUAUUCUAUAAGAACACGAGCAUACUAUUAUAAUUUAUUAUUAACGUGAAUAUUUUUUACUCAUGUCAGGAAUACGAAAUUUCAGAUUAAUGCACCAAGAAGAGGUUGGAAUUAAAAACCGAAUUAUUAGACGGUGGAUACCGCCGAAGCCGAUGUGUGACUCUUCGAAUCGAGCCAAUCAAUUUGUCAGCGUAUCCAUAAAAGAAAUAUAUCCCAUGUUACAGAUCUACGGGUUCGGACUAUGCGUUUCGAUUGUUGUUUUGUUUUUAGAAAUUGGCUACGAGACUUAUACGAGGUACCGAGCAAAACACGACGACGAUUUAUUCUACAAGAUAUUCGGUUUUACUUACAAUAAACGAUAA